AUGAAUUAGAGUUUAACAGAUAACUCUCAUAUAUCACAUUGUCAAUUAAUGAUUUAAGAGGAGUCUUAAUCUGGUUGUAAUAAUACCAUACUCUAUCAUUCAAUACAUGAUUAAAAUCAAGCUGUUUAAUCUAUGAAAUUGGAAGAAUUUUAAAGAAUAGAAGAUAUUCAAAUUAAAAAUGAGAACUCUAAAUAAUCUGAAGCGAGACAGAAACCAUUUUCGCAAUUGAUGGUUCAUUUCAAUGUCCAUCAUUUCAAAAGGAAAAUGUUGUCAUAUAUUCAUCCUAAUAAGGAAUUAUCAAAAAAUUAAUUCUUUAUAAUAUUUGACAAAUCUUCAUCUUUCAAAAGCUAUCCAAAAAAAUAAUAAUAAAAAACAUCAUUGCUAUAGCAUAAUAGAGCAGUUGUGGGGUUUCGUAACAUAAUAAAAGAUUUUAGGAAUACUUUUAUAGCCUAAUUCAAGAAAAAGGUUUAAUAUUUCAUAGAAAUCAUUCCCAUAAUAGAUCCUUAUUCAACUAAGAAGUUGAUUUGGGACGGAAUCAUUACAAUAAUGAGAAUAUACUUAUUAAUUUGGAUUCCCAUUUUGAUAGCAUUUAAAAAUGGAACCCUAGAGGACGUGAAUGCUUAUACUCUUAAUGUAUGCAGUAGUGCCUUUUUGAUUGAUUUGGCAAUGCAGACUUUUACAAUAAGGUUUGAUAAAGGGUUUCCUGUAAAAGAUCGAUAUUUAUUGAUACGAUACUAAAUAAAUUGGUGGACUGCAAUAGAAUUAUUUAGCUUCAUAAUAUCCUUGUAUUUCAGCAUAUAAUUUCAUUAAAACAAUUAUUCAAUGUCAGUAGUUGAAGAUGAUGGAUGGACCAAAAUACUAUUGUUAUUAUUAAUUGUCUAGACAAAAAAUAUUCUUUAGUUCAUUGAAAAUUUGCAAAGUGUAAUAAAGCCAAGUAAAUCAUCAAAUUCAUUGAUCGAAUUGGUAAAACUGAUAUGUUUGAUAUUGUUGAUCUAACAUAUUUUUUCAUGCGUGUGGGUAAUAAUUGGAACAUAUGAGCAUUUAACAAGCUAAUCUUCUUGGCUAGACAUGGCAAAGCUGGAUAUCUAUUAACCAUGGCAUUAUAUUUACUUAGAAGCCAUGUAUUUUAUAAGUGUAACUACCUUUACAGUUGGAUAUGGUGAUAUAACACCACAGAGUACAUCUGAGAAGUGGUUUACAGUUAUAUACAUGUUUUUCUGUUCUUUGUAGCUCUCUUAUUCUGUAAAUACUAUAGGAUCUAUUUUGAUUUAAUUAAAAGAAAACAAUGAAGAAAUAAAAUAGAAAAUGACAGCUGUUACAGAGUAUAUGAGAAAUAGAUAAAUGAGUCGAGGAUUGUAGUUUAAAGUUAGAGAAUAUUUAAAUUAUUAUUGGUAACAAGAAAAUGCUUAAAAGAAAAAUGAGACUACUGAAAUUAUACGAUUACUACCAGAAGAACUCCAAAAAAGUAUAUAAAGGGAAGGAUGCUCUAAUUUAAUUAACAAGAGUUAAUUUUUCAAAGAGAAAUUUACUCAAGGGUUUCUGAAUCAAUUAAUAGAUAUAGCUUAUGUGAAGAAUUUCUAACCAGGAAUAAUAAUCAGUGACUUGUAGAAUAUUUACAUAAUCGAAUAGGGUUGUGUAGAAAUAAUAUAAAAUUAAACAGUGGUAGGCUAAUUAGAUUAAUUUUAAUAAUUUGGACUCAAAAGAGUGUCUCUAGAUUUGAUAAAUGAAACCAAAUAUAGGACAAAAUCAUUUACAAAUCUUCUUAUUAUUCCAUAUACAUCCUUAGUUUAAUUAAUUGCAUAAACUUAGAAUGAAUUAGAAAUAGUGUCAUAAGCCAGUCUUAAUAUUAUUAAUGAGUGUGUUAUAUGCAAAGGAUAACAUGUAACAGAAUUGUGUUCUCAAGUGCACUAUAUUCCAGAAAAUGAAAAAGUAAUUAAAAAAUAUUUGUACAACUCUAUACAAUAAAGGGGAAGGCGUAGGAGAAAACCAAGGGAUUAAUUUUAAGAAUGGAAAAAUGAAUUGAAGUAUUUUCAAGAUACUGCUGAAUAAUUAUAAUAAGAUUGUAAUAAUGAAAUUGAACUUCUGUUUCCCAAUAACGAAAAGUAACACCACAUUAAUAUUUGUACGCCUCGCUCCUUACUUGAACUAAAUGAUGAAAAACCUAUAGGAUAAAGAGGAGAUCUUGAAUAGAAGCUUGAAAAUAAAGAUACUACAAAAACCGUUAAAAAAUUCGAAAAUAAACAAGAAAUAAAUGAAUUAAAUCUAAUUUAGCAGUUCGAAGCUAUAUCCGAAAAAUUUAAACAGAUUCAUAUGUACAAUGAAAAAGUUUAAAAAGAUAUUUUUCUGCUUUAUAAAAGAUUAGAAUUUUUGUUGGGUUUAGGUGAAUUUGAAAUUGAUAGAUACAAGAGUUAUAAACACUAUUAUAAAAGUUGGAACAUUGAUAGAAUAAUUGCAGAAUAUAAUUUUGCUUCUAAUUACAUACAAAAUCGAAAAAGUGAAAAAGUUAGCCUCGAAUAAAUAUCGAAAUAUUUACUAUUCCCCAAGAUGUACUUUCAACAAUAUCAUUCUGAGAAACCAUCUGUGCCCGUUGAAAAACCGAAGGUUAAUAAAAACGUUAGAACUUCUAAGAAAAGGAAGCGAAUUGCCAUUCAUCCAGAUUUUUGA